AUGGAGCAGGAUCAGGAAGAGCAGGAAGAGCAAGAGGCCGCUCCUGAAGAGGGCGACCAAGCAUCCGAAAACGAUGACGAAGAAGUCGAGUUGCGAAGUUUAGAUUUCGACCAGGAGCUUUCGUGGAGGCCAGCGAAACCAAUUCCAACGGCCACCUUGAUUAAGCGGCUUGAAGCCCUAUCGAAAGAACUGUCCGAGCUCGACCAAGGCGCCACCGACCUCGACUCUUUGAAGAAUGUCGCCAAGCACCUCGGCCAUCGAAACUUGAUUCAGCAUAAGGAUCAGGGAGUCAAGGCGUACACUGCCUGCUGUCUUGUCGACAUCCUACGACUAUACGUCCCUGACGCCCCUUACUCGGACGACCAGCUCCAGUCCAUGUUUUCUCUCUUCAUAAACGUCAUUCUGCCUGCCUUGCAUGACCCCACGAACCCCUACGACAGCCAGCACAAGUAUGUCCUGACGUCCCUGACUGAUGUCAAGAGUAUCCUGCUCGUUCAGGACAUCUCUGGCGGCGAUGGCCUCAUGAAACAACUCUUCAAGACCACAUUCGAUGGUAUAUCAAAAUCCGGAGUCAAACCCGCCACUGAAGAACAGGUUGCCAAGGAUGUCGAGAUUCAUCUGACAGAGAUGUUGAUGCAAUUGAUUGAUGAAUCAGCCAGCGUAUCAGCCGAUGUAGUCGACAUCAUCAUCAGCCAAUUCUUGAGAGCCGGCCCUCAAACCAAAGACAAGCGCGGUCGAGAGCAGAAUGGAAACCAAUCCACCCUUCUCGUCAAGACUGAGCCACCAGCCUAUGUUAUGGCCAAGAAUAUCUGCAAUGGAUGUUCUGACAAGAUGGCCCGUUAUGUUAGCCAAUAUUUCAGCGAUGUUAUUCUUAACGCCUCCAGCUUCGCCACCAAGGCGAACGGCCAUCGACAAGGGGAUGACGAUGAGGAGGACGCCGCUGAGGGCCCAUCGAGUUCCGAAUUGAAGAGCCUUGACCAGGCGCACAACUUGAUUCGCGAGCUCUGGCGAGCUGCUCCUGCAGUUCUUCUCAGCGUCGUGCCGCAGAUUGAGGCCGAGCUUUCUGCCGACAACGUAUACCUUCGCCAGAUUGCAACCGAGACCAUUGGUGAUAUGAUCUCAGGGAUCGGUGUGGCUGGGCCUCCUCCAGCUCCUGUGUUGGAGCCGGCAGCGUACCCUCCUCUGAAGCUGUUGGACGAAAGGCCAGCUGCAGCAGUCGAGAAUGUUUUGACAAAGCCUUACUCACCGCACUCCUUUGCCCAAACUCAUCACACCGCCUACCGCAACUUUGUGGGGAGAAGAAACGACAAGACUGGUACUAUCCGCGCAGCCUGGGUAACGGCCGCAGGUUACAUCCUAGCCACGUCUGCUGGAGGCAUUGGUCUGAGCAGGGAGGAUGAGCUUGAACUCGUCAAAGCCCUCAGCGACAAGCUCAAUGACAGCGAGGAAAAGGUUCGUCUGGCCGCCGUCAAGGCAAUCGAGCUAUUCGACUUCCGCGACAUCAUUCUGAAGCUGGGAGUGAUUGGCGGCGUGGAGAAGUCCGGCUCCAUCUUCGCCAGUCUUGCAGACCGCUGCCGUGAUCGAAGGCCCGCCGUGCGUGUGGAUGCCAUGGUCCUACUGGGAAAGCUUUGGGCAGUUGGCUCAGGCGAGAUCGCUGACGGUCAGGAGGCCGUCACGACUUGUCUGAGUGGCGUGCCCUCUCGCAUCAUUAACGCGUUUUAUGCCAACGAUCCGGAUCUGAACGUCCUGUUGGACCGUGUCAUGUUCGAAUGCCUGAUCCCUCUCAAGUAUCCCAUCAUUAAGGGUGGAAAGGCGGCAAAGGCUUCGUCUCAGUCGCAGUCGCAGACUGGUGGCAGCCAGGCAGAUCAAGACAAGAUUCGAGCUGAGAGGAUUCUCCUUAUGCUCAAGUUUCUCGAUGCUCCCGCCAAGAAGGCAUUCUUCGCCAUGCAGGCACGUCAACCACAAGUUGCCAAGGGAGUCGAAGUCUUCAUCCAGCAAUGCGAGGCACAUAACGGCGGUGUCGGCCACGCCAACGAGGAGAAGGUCCAGAAGGUCUUGGAAAAGACAUAUCAAUGGUUCGGUACCUUCCUCCCUGAUCCCCUCAAGGUUCGCAGCGAUCUCCAAAAGUUCGCCAAGUUCAACGACCGUCGUUGUUACCAGCUGGUUAAGUGGACCAUUAGCUCUGACAGCGACUUCUUGGCUGUGCGAAGGUCAAUGAAUGAGAUGUUUGGCAGGAUCCAAGCGAGCACAUCAGCAGCAGGCUGUCUAGACACGCUCAUUCCACUGCUGUACCGCUCUGGUUCACUGAUGUAUAACCGAAGUCAUCUGGCAACGAUUAUGGAUUACUCCAAGAACGACAAGGGCGGAUUCGCUGCUGUUGCUCACGAGGUUCUCAACGACAUUUCACAGAGGAACCCUGACCUUUUCAAGGCUCACUCGGAAACCCUGCGAAAGGAGAUCAUUGACCAAGUGCCAUCGGAAACCCGCUCUAACGACCCGGGUAUGGUGGACAUUCUCAAGGCGUAUUCGUCAUUCUCCAAAAGAUACCCCAAAGACAUUACCUAUGAUCGAAAGUUCAUCCAGGUGCUCAUGGAUUACGCUCUAUAUGGAACACCGGCCAGGACUGCCAAGUAUGCUGUCAAUAUUCUGCUUGCCAGGAAUGACGACAAGAGCAAGGUCACGGCCACCAAUCUCAUACAAAAGGUCAUGAAGGACCUCGACUAUGGCUCGCCGCACUUUCUCAAUAAGCUGACUGCAGUCAGCCAACUGGAGCGCCUGGCACCAACGGUCACAGUCGACUUUGACGAUGCCAUCAACGAAUUGACGAUUCAGAAGAUCCUGCGUCAGGUCCGCACAGAGGAUGAAACCCCCGAGGUUACCUGGGUUGAGGACGCCGACAUGAAUGAGGAGCUCCAAGCCAAGAUUCUGUCGUUGAGGACAUUGGUCAACCAGGCACUUGCAACUCAGGAAGAUCCCGAUACUGAACGAGUCAAGACCGUCUUCGAGCUUCUCAAGGACCUGUUGGUUCACGAGGGAGAGUUCUGCAAGGUCAAGGACACUCCGUUAGCUCACAAGAAGCGCCUCAGGCUCCUUGCGGGUCUACUUGUCCUCAAGAUGUGUACUGUCAAGCGUUACGACGAGCUGUUUGAUCAUGCCAGCUUCAACAAGCUUGCUGAACUCAUCCAAGACACUGAGCUACAAGUCCGCCGUUUCUUUAUGGAGAAGUUGCAAAACUAUCUCAGUCGAGGACGCCUGCCUGGGAGAUUCUACGCCAUCCUUUUCCUAGCCGCCUUUGAGCCGGCGGUUGAGCUCAAGAGCCGCGUUGAGACGUGGCUCAGAUCGCGAGCUCGAAGCCUUGCUGAGGCCAAGAGAAGAGUGCUUGAGUCCAUUAUGAGCCGGCUUAUCCCUUUGCUGGCACAUCAUCCCGAUUACAGCUCAGACGUCAAUGAUCUGGCCGACUUUGCAAAUUACUUCUUGUUCUACCUCAACACAUGCGCGACCGAGGAGAACAUCUCCCUGAUUUACAAGUACGCUGAGCGCGUCAAGCAGACCCGGGACGCUAUCACGCCCGAGGCCAGCGAGAGGCUGUAUGUGUUGUCGGAUCUCGCAACUGCGGUAACCCGCAAGUGGCAAGAGAAGAAGAAUUGGGUCUUUCAGGCUUAUCCAGCCAAGGUCGGCAUGCCUCAAGGGCUCGUCCAGGCCUUGACAUCAAACGAGGAAGCCAGAGAGAUUGCAAAGAAGCAAUACAUCCCAGAUGAGCUGGAUGAAAAGCUUGAUGACCUCAUCAGAGCUCUCGAUCGUAAGAAGAAGCGAAAGUCUAUGAGUGAAAGGCAAGAUCCACCAGCAAAGAGGGUGAGGACACAGUCCAAGGCGGCGAGCAGGGAGAAGAAGCCCAAGACUCCCAAGGCAAAGAAGGUAUCAAAGUCUAGGAAGCCUCGGCCAUCUAGAGACUCACCGCCGCCUUCGGAGCGCCGUCGCAGUGGUCGAGCUCACAAGGUGUCGAUCUACACGGAGCGAGACGAUGAUGAAGAUGAGGCCGAGAUGCUGGAGGGUGUUGCCGAAUGGCAGUAUGAGGGCGACAGCAACGGCAGCGGAGACGAUAGUGAGGCCGGCUCAGACGCUGAGUCGGAGCUUUCUGAUGCCCCUUCAGAGAAGCAAGCUGAGGAGAGUGGCGCAGAAUCAGACAAGGAGGAGCCUGAAAAGGAGGAUGACGAUGACAACGAAACCCCUGAAAUGGAGGUGGAUGAGCCCGAACCACCAAAGUCUAACGGACGAAAGACGGCCACUCUCGCGUCAAGGACCAAAGCUGCUGCCAAACCAGCUGUCAAGGCUAGUGUCCUUACCGAGGCGAAGCGUCCAACACGGUCGACGAGGAGUCGACGAGGCAAGGAGUCGGCCGAGAUGGAUGUCGACGAUGACGAAGAGGAGUAA